CCAUCGUCCCUCUUCUUUUAACAUUCCUUUCUCCGUCCGGCUUUACUGCUGAAAUCAUGCGAAUCUAGAGAUAGAGAGAGAUACAAAGAGAGAUACAGAGUGAGUAAGUGAGAUACAGAGAGAGAACUCUUCAGAAGCUCGCGAAAUUUUGGAUUUUGUAGCUCGAUUUACAUUACACAGGUGACGAUUUAAAUGUCAAGGGAGGUCAAGCACGAUGACGAAAUCGAGAAUGUCCCUGAGAAUCUCCGAGCUUCGCUUUUGUCUCAAACCACCGACGAUUCAUUGACGAACCCAACAAAGGAGUUGGGGAGUAAGAUCGAUCGAACUCCUUCUAAGCCUAGACCUAAGAACCCAGAUCCACCAUUGCCUUUACGGACGCCUGAUAAGUAUCGAUCCAGCAUUGCUGCGUUUUCUAAGAAUCGGUUUGGUUGGGGAGACAAGUGUGAUUCCGUCACGAACGCAAACGUGGGGUUUUUGAAUACGACUCCUAAAACUGGUAGAGUUGUCGGGAGAGCUAAUUCGGAGACCAAUUCGACUCCUACUAAGAGCGUGUCUAAGCCUCCGGGGUCUUGUUACAGAGGGAAGCUUGAUGGGACAGGAGCUGUUAGAGUUGGUGGUUAUGCCUCUUUGUAUAAAGGGUUGUCUAGUUCUUCUGGGCAAGUUUCAGCAGUUGUUAACACGGUCCAAGUUCCUCACUUUAGCCUUAAGGAGGAUCCAUCUUUCUGGAUGGAUCACAAUGUACAGAUUCUUAUACGUGUUCGACCGCUUAAUAGCAUGGAGAAGGGUACAAAUGGGUACAGUAGGUGCUUAAAGCAAGAAAGUUCGCAGUGCGUAGCAUGGAUUGGACCACCUGAAACACGGUUUCAGUUUGAUCAUGUGGCAUGUGAGACAAUUGACCAGGAAACCCUUUUUCGGGUAGCCGGUCUGCCCAUGGUGGAAAAUUGCUUGUCUGGCUACAACAGUUGUAUAUUUGCAUAUGGCCAGACAGGAAGUGGGAAAACAUAUACAAUGCUCGGGGAAGUUGGUGAUUUAGAAGUCAAACCAAGUCCCAACAGAGGAAUGAUGCCUCGGAUAUUUGAGUUUUUAUUUGCAAGAAUACAAGCUGAGGAAGAGAGCAGAAGAGACGAGAGACUUAAAUACAAUUGCAAAUGCUCUUUCCUUGAGAUUUACAAUGAACAAAUUACAGACCUUCUUGAACCAUCUUCAACAAAUUUGCAGCUUCGAGAGGACAUUAAGAGCGGUGUCUAUGUGGAAAAUCUGACUGAAUGUGAAGUACAAAGUGUUCAAGACAUCUUAGGGCUUAUCACACAGGGUUCUAUGAAUCGAAAAGUCGGAGCCACAAAUAUGAACAGAGAGAGUAGUCGAUCACAUAGUGUAUUUACAUGCGUGAUCGAGAGCAGAUGGGAAAAAGACUCAACAGCUAAUAUGCGUUUUGCAAGACUGAACCUGGUUGAUCUCGCCGGAUCAGAGAGGCAGAAGACUUCUGGCGCUGAGGGUGACCGCCUAAAAGAAGCUGCUAGUAUCAAUAAAUCACUGUCCACACUAGGACAUGUAAUUAUGGUUCUUGUGGAUGUGGCAAAUGGUAAACCAAGGCAUAUUCCAUAUCGUGAUUCCAGGCUGACAUUUCUUCUUCAGGACUCACUGGGUGGCAAUUCUAAAACAAUGAUAAUUGCUAAUGCCAGUCCUUCCGUCAGUUGUGCAGUAGAGACGCUAAAUACUCUUAAAUUUGCUCAGAGAGCAAAGCUAAUCCAGAACAAUGCUGUGGUCAACGAAGAUUCUAACGAGGAUGUCCUGGAAUUACGCCGUCAAAUCCGACUUUUAAAGGAAGAGCUUUCCCUCCUCAAGCGCCAGAACAUCUCCAGGGCGAUGUCAUUUGGAUCAGCAACAGCCAACUUUGCAGAACUACAAGUCGAUUCUCCAUCAAGUGAAAUGCACGAGGUAGGACAUAAGCAGGCUGGUAACUCGCUUGUGUAUGAAUCUGGAGGCUGUGUAAGGAUGUCUAGAAAGCAGUUGAAAUCUUUGGAGAUAACACUUGCUGGCUCAUUGAGAAGAGAAAAUGUGGCUGAUGCUUCAAUUAAGAAGCUUGAAGCUGAGAUAGAGCAUCUAAAUCUGACUCGCUUUGCCCUGGAAAACAUAAGGCUUCUGGACCAACUUAGAAGAUUUCAAGAGUUUUAUGAGGAAGGUGAGAGAGAAAUUCUACUGGGCGAAGUCUCAAAUCUGCGGAACCAGCUCUUCCAGUUUCUUAAUGAAAACUCUGACCGGCAAAAACAUGUUGAUGAUGAAAUAGAGCCACAGGGUGCAUUACUUAGGAGUAAAGAAAAUUGUUCUCUACAGGAGGAGUUAAAAAAGACCUGUUACGAACUUGAGAAAUGUAGAAGUAACCUUGGUUCUUGCUUGGAAGAGAAUGCAAAGCUUAAUAGAGAAAUCCAAGAUCUACAGGUCAUGGUCGACAAUAUGAGACCUUGCACACCUGAUGAAAAUAGCAUUGCGAACAAACAAAAGGCCCUGUUGGAAACUCAAAAUGUUGAGCGGAACAAAACACUUGCUGGUCAGCAGGUCAAUUAUGUAGAAGAAAUCAUCAAAUUGCAGCUUGAUUUGGAUGUACUAAAAAUUAUACUCGAUGAGGAAAGAACACUACGUGGUGAUUCAGAAGCACAGGCAGUUCGCUUGAAAUUUGAUAUUGGAGAGUUGAAGGACCAACUACUUUUGAUUAGCAAGCAGCAAGAAAAUGUAUAUAGUGAGCUGGGGGAAACAAAGUCUGUAGUUGAAGCUCUUGAAUCGCAAAACAUUAUAUUGAUCCAAGAAGCAGUGGAGUUGAGGAGAAUAAAGGAGAACUAUAUUGAGCUUUUACAAAAACAAGAGCUUGACAUCCCAGCAAUGAAGUCCAAACAGUGCAAUGAGUUCAAAGAUAUUCCUGCAGAGAACAAUGCAAUUGAUACAAAGUUUAAAAAGAUGCAAGCAUCUCUUGAAAAAGCUAAGAGGUUGAACAUGUUGUACAAGAGUGAUAUUGCUUCUAAGGCAUGUGGAGAUGAAGAAAUGGAAAAAGUUUGCAAGCAAGCUGAAGCUGCAACUGCGGAGGUGAUUGUCUGUUUGCAGAAUGAGCUUGAAGUUCUUCAGAAGGAGGUCAGUGAUUUUCAAUCAAAAGAAAACGUCACUGAAAAGCAGAUACAGUUUUUAGAAGGUCAGAUGGAGGAGCUGCAGGAUAACUUACGAGACACGAUUAUGGAUAACGAGCAGUUGCAAGAAAAGCUCCGAGGCAAAGACAUGGAACUACAGAUCAUCUCAAAUGAAAUGGAACUUCUCACAUCUGAGCUUGAAGAAAUUCUGCUGAAUGGGAAUGAAGGCCUUACAGAUGCGUGUUACCAGGCUGAUCUUAUUUCGGGUUCCUUACCAGAUAGAAGGAUAUGGAUAUCUGAACAGGUUGGCGGAUUAAGAAGAACACUUUCCGAGAGAGAAUUCAUGAUUGAAGAUCUUGAAAGUUGUUUGGAGGAUGCCAAUAAAAAGCAAUGUGAUAUAGAAUCCAUGUUGACGUCUCUUAGAGGGGCAGCAAUAGUAAUGAAUGAAGCGCACCAGAGAGAGUACGAGGAAAAGGAGACACUCUUGAAAUCGCAGUUGUGCACAAAAACAGAGAUCAUAUCAAAGCUUCAAGAGAAGCUCAAAAUGGCUGAAAGGUUGAUUUGUGAAGCAUCACAUUGUGCAACAGCGUCUCUAAUAAUUGUCAACCGCUAUUCUGAGGUAACCGAAUCCCAUACUUUUGAGUUGAAGCAAAAGGAUUUUCAGCUUGCGGAAUCCGCUGGAACAAUUCUUUCUCUGAAGCAACAAGUACAAGAUUUGGAAACAACCUGUAAGGAAUUUAGAAGCAAACUUGUACAGGAAGAAAAAAAUGCUUCUGCUAUAGCACAAAAGGUUGAAGAAAUUGAGGAAACUGGCAUUUCGGCAAUGAAAGAGAAGCUUUCUGAGCUCAAGGGUGGCGUGUCUGGACUGAGAUCAUGCAUAAACAUGUGUCAAGAGCAUGACAAAUACACGGAGGCAGAGAAUUCAUUAGGUUCUCCACCCCACUAUAGUAAAGGACAGGAACUUGGAAAGAAUGUAGUUGUCUCCUCUUGCAUAGAGAAUACUCCAAACAACAACCAUACAGAGUCCAUGAGGUUGACCAGCAAGGUGUCAAGUGAGAGAGGUAAAGUGAUCAUACUGCUAAAGCAAGAAAUGGAAUCUGCACUUGUAAGCUUGAAGGAGGUUCAAGUUGAGAUGGCCAAACUCCAGGGUGAGAAGGAAGAGCUAAAGGCAUCUGAGAAAAGAAGCUUAAGAAACUUGAACGAUCUUGCUGCACAGUUUUGUAACCUUGAAACUGUGAUGAAUAACAUGCAAGAACAAUAUGAGCACAAGGUGGAAGUCACAGAUCAUAAACUUAAGACUUUGGAGCAUGAAUUAGCUAAGAUGAAGAUAGAUGCUGACCAAGAAUAUGUUAAAAACUUGUGUGUUCUUAAGAAAUUUGAGGAGGCUCAAGGGAUUAUUAAAGAUGCAGAUAUCACAGUCAAUGAACUCAUAACAGCGAACGAAAAGAUGAAAUUUGACCUGGAGAAGCAGAAGAAAAGGGAAAUCAGCUUGGUUGGAGAGAAAAACGCCUUAGAUGACAAGCUGCAGGAGCUGGAAUCCAUAAAUGUCAAAGAUAAUGAGAAAAUUGCGUACCUUGAGAAACUAUUCGGGUCAAGUUUGAUGGGAAUAGGAAAUCUGGUCGAAGAGCUGGAAACUGUUGUCAGAAAAUUACAGGAUGAGUCGUCUGUGGCCUUGACUGGCAUGGCCAAUGAUUUAUCUGAGUUGAAGUCCUGGGUUUCAGAUACAAACUCAGCUAGAUUGUUCCUUGAGGAUAUCUGGUCAGAAAUAAUCAUGAAGGAUUGUGCUCUCUCAGUUCUACACCUAUGCCAUAUGGGGGUUUUGUUAGAAACAGUUACAGGGAUCAAUACCGAAAAUGGUCUGCUUCAACGUGGUCUGUGUGUAUCAAACUCUUCCAUAGCCGGAUUAAGAAAUAACAAUCUAAGGUUAAGAAGGGAGCUUGAAAUGUUUGCAAAUCUGAAGGGCAAACUACUGACUGAUAUAAAGAAUGGUUUUGAGAGAAUUUCGAGAAAUGAAGAAGCAACUAAUCUGCUUACUACAAAAUUAAGCAAUUUUGAUCAGAAAAUUUCAGGGCUACAGUACCAGGAGGAGCUGAUGUUGCAAAGAUCUAACAGCAUGGGAUCUCAGCUUGAUAUUUUGCUGAAAGAAAUAGAUUUGAGCAAUGGGAGCCUUGCUGAAACUCUGUUGGAGCAAGAGCUGCAUCUGAAUCAGAAAGAUGAUUUCUUUGACACCGAAGUUCAGCUUUACUUCAUGGACCUUUGCUCAAAAGAUGUUGAGUCAGUUGUUCUGGCGCAAACAGUAAAAGAAUAUUCUUCUCGUCUAGCAGUUGUAGAUAGAGAGCUUCUUGAUCAUCAUGCCAUCGUUGAGGAUCUUAAAGAGAAACUGUUUGUUUCCCAAGUGGAGAGUGAGCUCAAAGACCAAUGUCUGGUUGAUAACAAAUUGGAGACCGUUUCAGUGAAACAAAAGGUGACUGAAGCACAAAGUAAAAUCAAGGUUCUCUCAUCGGAUCUUGAUCACUGUGUACAAAAAAUCGCUGAAAUGGACGAAGUAAACAAGGUGUUUGGAGAAAGAGUCUUCUUCUUGGAGUCUCGCAUCACUGGGAUACAGCAAGAAUUGGCGAUUAAAGCUUCUGAACUUGACAGUCUCCAACAUUCCCAGUCAGUCACUGCAGAAGAAUUGGAUAUCAAAGAAAGGGAUAUACAAGUUUAUGCUGACGUUGUCAGUUCGUUGAAGAAGGAAAACAUCUCCCUUAAGAACAAGGUCAUACAUUUUGGUGAAGAUCAAUUUAAAGCACUAGAUGUUACGAGGCUAAGCAUUGCCAAAUGCACACAUUUAGCUGAAGAUAGCAGGAUACUGGAGAAACUAACCAGAGAUGGUCUAGUUAUUUCUGAAAAAAUGUUGCAACUGAUAUGUGAAAACAUCAAUAAGGCUUCAGAAUUCGCAGAUACUGUUCAAUCUUUGCAGAUUGAUGUACAAGACUUGUUGUCUGAGAAUCUGAAUCUCCGCGAUGAGCUUUUGAGAAAGGAUGAUGUUCUAAAGGGGUUGUCUUUUGACCUCAGCCUUCUACAAGAAUCUGCUUCCAAUUCUAGGGAUAAGAAAGAUGAAACAAAGGAAAUCAUGGUUCAUGUUGAAGCUUUAGAAAAGACACUAGCAGUGAAAACAUUUGAACUAGAAGAUGCCGUUUCUCACGCCCAAAUGCUUGAAGUUCGACUGCAAGAGAGCAAGGGAAUAAUCUGCAACCUUGAAGUGGAUACUGAAAAGGUAAGGAAGUGUCAACAAAAACUGUCGGCGGAAAAUAAAGACAUUAGAGCGGAAGCUGAAGCUCUUAUGGCAGAAAAAAGCUCUCUAGAGGAGGAGCUGAUCCAGAAAAAUAAGGUAUCGGAGAGCAUGGAGAUGGAGCUCUUUAAUCUAAGAAAUGCUCUCGGACAAUUGAAUGAUACAGUUGAGUUUACCCAGAGAAAACUGAAUGAGGCCAUCGAUGACAGGGAUAAUCUCCAAGAUGAGGUUUUGUAUCUGAAAGAAGAAUUCAGGAAGAUGAAAUCUGAGGCUAAAGAAAUGGAAGCUAGGUACAUAGAAGCUCAACAGAUUGCUGAAUCAAGAAAGAUAUAUGCCGAUGAGAGAGAAGAAGAAGUGAAGCUAUUAGAAGGAUCAGUUGAGAAACUUGAGUAUACUAUCAAUGUUCUUGAAAACAAGGUUAAUGCUGUCAAAGUUGAAGCUGAAAGACAGCGUCUGCAAAGGGAGGAGCUGGAAAUGGAGCUUCAUACCAUACGCCAGCAGAUGGAAAGUGCUAGAAAUUCUGAUGGGGAAAUAAAAAGAAUUUUAGAUGAAAAGCAUAUGGAUCUUGAGGAAGCUAAGAAGCAUAUAGAAGCGCUUGAGAGAAAUACGGCUGACCAAAAGACCGAGAUUUCUCAACUCAGUGUGCAUAUCUCGGAAUUAAAUUUGCAUGCUGAGGCUCAGGCUAGAGAAUACAUGCAUAAGUUCAAGGAGUUGGAAGCAAUGGCUCAGCAAGUAAAGCCAGAAAUCCAUGUUUCUCAAGCUAUAGAUUCUUCAUUGAGUAAAGGUUCAGGGAAACCUCGGGGUUCUGGCUCUCCUUUCAGAUGCAUAGGGUUGGGAAUUGCACAACAAAUGAGAUCUGAGAAGGAUGAGGAGCUUUCUGCUGCAAGGCUACGAAUUGAGGAGCUUGAAACUGUAGUUGCAACCCGGCAGAAAGAGAUAUUUUUAUUGAAUUCAAAACUCGCCAAGGUGGAUAGCAUGACCCAUGAUAUUAAUCGAGUUUUGCUGGGAGUCAAACAGAAUUGUUCGUCAUUCUUGGAUAGUCAACAAGUAUUGAAGAUAGCAGAGAUGCUUCAACUUAAUAGUUCAGAUUCACGAGAAAGGGAUCUUGAAGUCUCUCAUCUCAAGCAGAAAAUUAAUGAAUACAAUGAGGAAAGGCAAGGAUGGAUAGAGGAAAUCGACGGAAAGCAGACAGAUUUAGUUACUGCGCAGAUAAAACUCCAGGAACAUCGGCAGCAUGAGCAGCUGCUUAAGAAAGAGAAUGAAUUACUUAAGAAGGAGAAUGUUAGUCAUAAAAGAAGAGUGAUAGAACUUGAAGGGGAAGUGAAGAAGCUAUCGUCCCAUCAAACCCCUGAGUGGAGAACUCGUGAUCAAGCUCGAAUUAAGGAAGAAAACAGUGUGUUAAAACUUCAGCUUGAUGAGCUCAAUUUGAAGUUACGGCGAGCAGAUGUUAGUGUUUCUCGUGCCAAAGAAGAGCUUGCUUGGUACCGAGCGUCGUCCGGAAAGAACCUACAUUCAAACCUUGACAAGACGCAUCAGUUAAGUACCAAACUGAAGGAAACUGAAGAGGAUAGAAUGCAGCUUGCUCAGAAGCUAUUAGGUCUCUGCACCAGUAUUCUCAAGGCAGCCGGUGUAACAGGAGAAGACAUUACAGACAUAAACCCUGAAGUUGCUGAAGAGGCACUCGAACAGCUCAAGACAAAACUUGGUUUACUUGAACGUGAACUAGACCACUUUAGAUUAAAGGGAAAAGCAAAGAGCAGAAGAAGUAGGAAUCCAGAGAGAAAGAUGCCUUCAAUGCCUUCGCCUCGAAGAUCAUGGAGCCAGAGUCCAAGAAGUAUGUCUCAGGUUCCUUUUUUCUCUUCUUUAGACAGGUGAAAGAAUGAUAUGUUUGUACGAGACACAGUCAUUGUACAUUUAUGAAUGUUCUUAUGUAACUGUUAUACUUUGAUUGGUAAAUAAAAUUUAUAUAACCUCAUUCAUCCUGA